AUGGAAUUGAUCUCUCUUCACGAACUCGAUCAGCUCAGGCGCCCAACCGCGCAGUCCGGCUGGCCGAGAAACUAUUGUUUCACGCUCGGCCAAAUCAUAUCCGUCCGUCUGAAGUCUCGGCCAAAGUUCGAAACCGACCGGCCGAUCACAUAUCACGACCCGGGAAACAUAAGCCCGCGGUCGGCCAAGUUACAACCGUUUCACACCACGCCGCGCACGACCAUGCCGCGCGAGCCGGGGAACAAAGCCUCGCGGCCGCGCAACCCACUUCGCGUACCACGGCCGAUGCAUCCGUCCGAGCCGGGAAAGAACGUCCCACGUCCGGCCGAGAAACCAUCGGCCAAAUCUUCCGUCCGACCACGCCGGCCGACCGUGAAUCAUCCGGCCACGACCGUUCCGCUCGCCCACGACCCGACUGUCCGGCCGAUCGUCCCGACCGACCGUCCGAACGCCGCGGUCGACCCAAAGACCUAG